CAUGUCGUCGAUACAUGUUCAACACGAUAUACCCUUGCAAACUUAUAAUCACAUGACAGGGAGUUCAGACUGUUUUUGAUACGGAGAUGACAUGUUUCGGCAUAGCAGCAUUCUCAAGGUCUCGCCUUAUAGCAGAAAGUCUUGAGGAGCUUUAUAAAGGUACUACCAAAAAGAUGAAGAUCUCAAGGGAAAUCACAUACGCAAGCGGUAAAACUCUACCUGUGAAAGAAAUACUGGCGAUCGAAAUCCAACUAGGCUGGAAAAAGGGUACGAAAAUCACUUUCCCGGAGCUUGACUGCAGUGCAGAUAUGUAUUGCCGUGGAAUGAAUAUAUGUAUUGCAGUAAAACUCUACCUGUGGAACGAAUAUCUUCUACAUAUGUAUUGCUGCAGAUAUUGUAUUCAUCAUUGAUGAGAAGCUUCACAGUGUAUUUACAAGAGAAGGCAAUGAUUUGGUUGUGACACAAAACAUAUCACUUGCAGAAGGCAACAAAUCUAAAUGGUUCUUUAGCACUCUUGGAGCUAUGACCAACUGCUGCAUGGCCCAGCAACAAAUCUUCAACAACUCUCUUUUCUACUAUCAAUGAGAAAUGAAAGAAUAGUGCAAUAGAAAGUGUUGAGAUCCUGUUAGAAACUUGAAUACAUUUACAUGGCUGUGUAGAACACAUGUUCUAUUAGACUUUGCAGUAAUCAACUUAGCCAAGAUGCACAUCUGAAAAACACAUGUAUCUUUUCUCUAUGCAUCUAUAUCCCAAAUGAUUUUAAUAUAGAUCCUGCCAAAAUAUGGGUUUUAUAGAUUGAAAAUUUUCAAUUAUGUGAAAAAUUUGUGUCUGCUGAGAUAUAUUUAUAUGUUGCCUUCUGCAAGUGAUAUGUUUGCUGAGAUAUAUUUUCAAUUUUUUUUACAGAGAUAUAUUGAUUUGCUACAAGAGCACACUAUUGUUGUGUUGCAACUUAUAAUUCAGGUGUUGUUAUCUUCAAAUUUCUCCACCUUCAUCUAUCUUUCAAGUGUCUGCCGCAAUUCAAGAGCUGCAACAGAACUCAUGCAACGGUGGACAUCCCACUGGCAGUGCUGGGGUGCUGGAUGGAUCAAUCUAAAAUUCAUUAUUGAGAUUUAUUUUUGGUUUCUAUGUGAAGCACGGGAUACUCUAAAU